CUUUGAUGGAUAGUCCCGGAGGCUUCCACAGCUCCUCAGUCACUGCUCGUGUUCCUCCCCUAUCCCUGACCACUCCUACUCUGAUUCCUUUGCUGCUUUUUCCUCAUUGAAGCCUCUAAACUUUGCGUGUCUUGGGACUCAGUACAAUCUGUUUUCCAUUCAUACUCCUUCAUUGGUGAUCUCAAGCCACUUCACGGCUUAGACAGCCAUCUAUAACUAUUGUGCAUUAAGGUGAGAGCAUCUGAGAGCGUCUGUAUCAGCGAGGGGAUUCAGGGUGGACAGCAGGGUAUGAGUAUGCAGGUGUGAGGGUCCAUCUCGUCAGGUGUGUGUGGGCUGGGUGUUGCACUGCAGUAUGUGGCGAAAUGUAGGUCAGCAGACCUGGCCCACAAUUAAAGGCUUCACAGUUCAAACUAUUAGGACCGUUAAAACCGUUAGCAGCUUGCUGCGGCAGGAGCGGGGCCCAGGGGAAGGGAGUGCGCUCAUUGGUCCGAGCGCAUGCUGGGGGCGUGGCCACACAGCUUAGGCAACCUCCUCGGGAGCAAGCGGCCUCUAGAUCAGGCGCGUGCAGGCCCUCAGAGCACUUAUUAUUUGCUAGGCACAAUUUGUAGAUUCUGAAGGUACGUUGCACAGUCGGACUUGAAUGAAGCGACUUAGCAGCAGCAGCAGCAGCAGCAGCAGCAGCAGUGAACAAAACAGACAAAAAUUCCUAUCUUCAAAGAGCUUAAAACUACAUUCUGGAAUAAUCAUAAGACAUGAAUUUUAAUGUCUGGAAUAUCAAAGAUAUGUUCAGUAUCCCCUCAGGCUCCGGGGGCACUAAGUCAUCUAACUUGAAUAACAAUCAGACUGAUUACUCCAAUCUCAGCGAUUCCCAGUUCCUUUUUGGAUCCCAGUUCUGUCCAGAAAGUUCACAGACUCUGUCAACGGCCUUGGACUCUGAAGUCCACUUGAGACAUCCAAAACAGUCACAACAGAAUUCUCUGGAUAGUGAACCUAGUAUUUUCACAAAGUACCAAACAAAACCCCAGCUGCUUGGAGGAGAUACAAAAGAUGGAGGCUUGUUUCCUCUUCCUUUGUCUCUUGGAAAACCAAAAGGCCUCUUGGAACAGUUUGAGGAGAAAAAGAAAAGUGCAAAAGACAAAUGUGACAGUGAGACUUUAUACAACUUAAUUUCCCAUAUCAAAGAAAGCAUUCACAAGUUACAGACAUCAGUGGAAGAGUCUGAGGAACAUCUCAGUUCCAGAAGUCAGUCUAUUUUGGAUUCUUUGGAAACUGUGGCCAAGACAGGGCAGGAGACUGCAAAAGCUCAGAGUGGUCUGAUGUUGGAAAUAGUGCAGGACAAAGGCAACGUGGAGCAGGCCAUCCUUGAUUUGCAAAAGAGACUCGAAGCUAGACAAGCAGAGUUUAUAGAAAUGAAGUCCAACCUGAAGCAACUUGAAGUUUUGGUUACCCAGCAGAGUAAGGACUUUCAGCAACUGUGUGAGCAUUUAGGCCAGCUGAAUAUGCCCAGUGUUCUAGAAGAGUUAAAGCGAUUGACCUCCAUCGCUCUGACCCCCAAACACGUGAAAGACAGUGCCUCUCAGACCUCACCACCUCUGGCACAGAGCCUCAGUUUCACCAGGCAGGACAAAUAUACCUCUGAGAAGCCAGUUAUGUGGCAGGCCCAGGCCCUCCCUGCUGCAUGCAGUCUUAGUGUGGGCUCCCCAGGGCCCAAGGAGUUUGUUGUCUGGGGUGAGGGAUCAAAGAGGGAUGCUCUCCAAGAAGAGGCUGUGCAGCCGGCAGUUGGAACUGGCAAAAGAAACAGGCAAAUCAAGGACAGGGCAGUGCAGACUAACUGCCAGAACUCUGUUACUAAAACAGGCUCUGAGAACUGUGGCUCUGCCAUCCUGGGUCACAAGGUUCCUAAAGAUAGGGACCCAGUUUCCCAAGGAGACUCGCAGCUUAUAUCUCGAGGAUAUAAGGACUUAAACAACUCUGCAACCAGCAUUAAGAACAUCAGCCAAAAAUGGCAAGCUAAAGGUGCAUUUUCACGUGACCCUUGUGAACAAAGGUUGUUGACUGAACAGAAAGGCAUAACUGUAGAAAGAGGGAAAAAAGGCAAGCAGCAGCAGCAGCCCAGGAAAGCCCCCAGAAGGAGGUCCCUACGCAGGAGGCAGGAACAAAUGCCUAGCAAAACCUGUGUUUCUAAUUCUAAAUAUCCUCGGCCUCCACUUUCCAGCCCACAAAGGUCCUCCUGGGGGCAGCAGGAAACUCUUGCUCACCCCCUGCAACUUUGGGGCCCUGGGAGCCCCACAAAUCUAGUCUGCUCUGCUCAGGAAGGAACAGUCAUGCCCAGUAAGACCACGAGGGCAGAGCAAGGGAACCUCGUGCAGCGUAGCGGGCAUUCCUCCCAAGACAACAGCCUGCUUUUACCCAGUUUCCAGGGGGACCACCAGAUGAGCUGGUUCAGUGAUCUCAAUGACCUCAACCCCAGGACAGAGUCCCCUCAGUCCCAGGAGUCAGGGAAGAAUAUACUUUAUGACCUGGGUUUUGAUAGCAGUGAUGAUGGCUUCUGACCAGCCCAUAAUGACUUUGGCUGAUGGUUUUUGUCUUGUUGGAAAGACAAAUCACAAAACACGUGGGGUGCUGAUGGCAGAGUUCUCAAAGCCUGCCUGGAGUCUUCAGGGUCAGAGGCUGGGCUUGGAUGGGGUGGGGGGGGCGGUCAGUGGAGGGCUGGGGAGCAGAUCUGGCAUUCUGGGUACCAGACACUUUCCAAGACAGAGCCUAAAGGAUAAGUGCAUCCUUAUUCAUGGGAGUGAAAUGUGUGAAGAGGGUGUGAGGAGAGGUGGGGCAGCAGCCUGGGAGUGGGGCAUCAGCAGGAGGGUAUUGGGUCUGGUACAAGGAGAACUGCCCUCCAUACGGAACAUCCAGUAGGAGAAGGGCGCGCACAAAACUGUUGCUAUGGCAGCAGGACUCCCAAACACAUCUUUUUGGUCUUCAAAACAUUUCCUUCACAUGACCAAGAUCUUUCUGGGCCUCAGGAUUUUUAAAAAAUUUGUAUCCGUUUUUGCUGUGAGAACAUGUGCAUUUUUUGGGUCAGUGGAUGUUUUCUGGGACACACACUAGGUCAGACUUCUUGUGAGCAGAGAAAUAACAGUGUUAAAGCCACGAUGGAAAGACAGGUGACUCACACUACAUGCUGGGAGCCGUACUUGUCACAGCCACGGAGUCCCACUCUUCCCCCCAGCUGUUUUCCCCUGCUGUUUCCCCCCGCUUUUUUAAAGCUAAUGAGAGUGGCUGCAGGCCCUGCGUCAUUUCUGGAGAACAGUGGGCUUAUAUGAGACUUUGGCUUUCCAUUUGUAUCUUGUUAAAGUUUUUGAAUUUUUGCAACACAUAUGUAUUUCUUUUGUAAUUCAAAAU